AUGACCACCCACUUCCAACGCUUCACUUCGGCCCCCUUCCUCCGCGCGCAAUUCCGAACCCUGGUCCGGGCUGGGCAGACAUUCUUCUUCAUCCACCUCUUCUGGGAACACUUUUACUGCGUCGGCGCCGCGACGGGUGCGAGCAUGCUCCCGACGAUAAACGUCGCCGGGGACUGGAUCGUGAUAUCGAAGCUGUACUCGCGCGGCCGCGGGAUCGGCGUAGGCGACAUGGUCAGUUACGUGCGCCCCGUGGAUGGGCCCGGGAUGCAUGUUAGUAAGAGGAUUAUAGGGAUGCCGGGGGAUUGGGUCGUUGUUGAUCCUGAGAAGGGGGAUGAGAUGGUUAAGGUUCCCCGGGGGCAUUGUUGGACUACCGGCGAUAAUUUGCCGUUCUCGAACGAUUCCAGGCAUUACGGACCUGUACCGCUCGCAUUGAUUCGUGGGAAGGUUAUUGCUAGGUUCAAGCCGAUGCCAAAGUUUUUUGAGAAUGGUUUGAAGGAUACUGAGGAUUGAUUAGUUUCGCUUUCUUGGGCGUUGGUACUUGUAUGGUGGGUUGGAAUUUGGUGUGAUAAUAUAGAUACCGUAGAUGGACGGUUCAGUGUUAUUCUGGGGGAAAAAUAAUAAUGUAGAUGAUUUAAACUGUUA